AUGGGCGGCGAGGACUCCGGAAACGCACUAGCCAAUUGGGUGGAUGCACGUUGUGGCUACAAUAACCUUGAUUCAUUCUUUGCUAGACGCAUCGUCAGCGAGCUGGAUGCUCUAUUGAAUGAGCAUAAUGAAUUGUUGAAAAUAUUCAAAUCCCACAUGCACAAAUUAGAAAGCGAUAAUCACGCUAUUGUUAUUAAUCCUGAUAAAAUGCCAGCUGGAGAACACAUUCGUAGAUUCAAUGCACCUGUUGCUGACGACGUUGCUGGAAUCAUGGUUGGCGAUCGUACAGGUGCACGAGAAAUUGUGAUUCGUAGGAGAAAUAAUAAUCUUCAGUUCAUUGCUGAUACACACCGUUCAUAUGACGCUCUCCAAUAUCCGCGAAUCUUCUGGAAGGGACAAGACGGAUAUAGCAUAAAUAUUAAACAACGAGAUCCCGUAUCAGGAGCCGAAACAAACAAGAACGUUAGCUCGAAGGAUUAUUAUGCGUAUAGAUUGAUGAUUAGACGCGGGCUGGAUAACGUCAUUCUACGAUUUCGAGAGCUUUGUCAACAAUUCAUGGUCGACAUGUACGCGAAGAUAGAAGGCGAACGACUACGAUACUUACGAUAUAAUCAACUCAAGCUACGUGUGGAAGAGUACAUUCACUUGCGAGACGCUAUUGUCAACAACGCCGACGCCGCCGAAAUUGGUAACUCUGUCAUUCUACCAUCAUCGUACGUAGGCAGUCCACGUCAUAUGCAAGAGUAUAUACAGGAUGCUCUGACUUUCGUGCGCGAAUAUGGGCGACCGUGUUUAUUUAUCACGUUCACAUGUAAUCCAAAAUGGCCAGAGAUUACAUCUUUGCUGUUGCCUGGCCAAAAUGAAAUACAUCGUCAUGACAUUACAGCACGUGUGUUUAGACAAAAGCUGAAGGCAUUAAUAAAUUUUAUUACUAAAUCACAUGUAUUCGGUCCCACACGUUGCUGGCUGUAUUCGGUUGAGUGGCAAAAGCGAGGAUUACCUCAUGCCCACAUUUUGGUUUGGUUAAUCGACAAAAUCCGUCCUGAAGAAAUAGAUGAUAUAAUUUCUGCAGAAAUUCCCGAUCCGUCUACUGAUCAAUUGCUGUUUGAUAUUGUUACAGCAAACAUGAUUCAUGGCCCAUGCAGUACUUUUAAUCAUUCAUCGCCUUGCAUCAACACAGACAUUGAUAUUGACAAUCGUUGGGUCGUGCCAUAUUCGCCCCUGCUGAGCAAAACAUACAAUGCUCAUAUUAAUGUUGAGUUCUGCAGUUCUGUGAAGAGCAUCAAAUACAUUUGCAAGUAUGUCCAUAAAGGCAGUGACAUGGUGGUGUUUAGAGUGGAAAAUACCAAUGUGAAUGCUCCUCCAGUAAAUAAAAACGAUGAAAUAACGCUCUACCAAAUAGGUCGGUACAUCAGCUCCAAUGAAGCUGUUUGGCGUAUCUUUGGUUUUCCAAUUCAUGAACGGGAUCCAGCAGUUGUUCAGUUAGCCGUUCAUCUUGAAAAUGGUCAGCGUGUAUAUUUCACGAACGAGACAGCGAUUGAAAGUGCUAUAAAUCCACCAAAAACUACACUCACUGAAUUUUUUGAAUUCGUAAUCGUGCAAAUGAUUUUGGUGCCUUUGCACGUACUUUACUCUAUUCACAAGUACUACGUUAUUUCACAUGGGCUCAAAGAAAACAAUGGAUAG